AUGUCUGACUCUAAUGGCUUGACCAAGGUCUUCACCAAGAAUGCUUGCCCUCCUGCUGGACCAUACAGCCAGGCGAUCAAAGCCGCCGGCCAAGUCUGGGUCGCGGGCCAGAUCCCGGCUGAUGAGCAGGGAAACCUGGUUACCGGCUCCAUCGCCCAGAAGACCGAGCAGUGCUGCAAGAACCUCAAGGCUAUUCUAGAGGAGGCUGGCAGUGGGAUUGAGAAGACCGUCAGGAUCGGAGUCUUUCUCUCCGAUAUGCAGUAUUUCAAGGAGAUGAAUGGCGAGUAUGAGAAGUGGUUCACUCACAAGCCGGCCCGAACGUGCGUUGCUGUCAAGCAGCUCCCCCUCGGUGUCGAUGUCGAGAUCGAGGCUAUUGCUAUUCAGUAG